AAUAACAACAACAACAGCUGCUUUUUGCAAAAUUUGCAAUAAAAUCAUAAAAUGAACGAGGAAAUUGACGAAUAUGAUAUUUAUCAUCAAGAUUUUACAACUAUUUCCGAGUGGGAAGUGUUUAUUGCCCGAAUAGAAGAAGUUUUAAAUGAAUGGCGAUUAUCUAAAGCUAAAAUUCCCAAAGGUAAUCUUGAAUACACAAAGAAAUGGGUCGGAAAAUCAGAGGAAAUUAAGUUUCAGAGUCUUAAUUUCACACUUUCAUAUCAUACAUUAGAAUGUGAAUUGAAUACGAAUCCUAUAAAAGAUAAUAAAGCUGCAGAGGGGGGUUGGAAACCAUCUACACAACUACAUAAUGGCAUUUGGGAAGCAACAAAGAACUUCAUGGAUGAUGAAGAUGGAAGUCCAUUCCCUGUAUCUCACUGGUAUGGUUUGAAACAAUAUCUGAUGCUAUACCCUAGCCAAUCACUAGUUGAGGAAAAUCAAAUCAAAUUAGUAAUGAGUUCAAUAAACAUUGCCUUUGCAAAUGUUGAUUGUGCAGUUCCGUUCUUUUUGAAAAUCAGAGAGCAUUGGCAGCAGUGCUUUCUAGGCAUUUACGAGGAUAGUGAAUUUAAAACUAGUUUUGAUACAAUACAUUUGAAACGGAUACCUAAUCAAUGUUCACACUUGAAUGGCCUUGCAAACCUGUUUAAGGGAAAAAUAGCUUCACCAGUCUCGCUGGAGCCGGUGCUGAUGUCUGCCAAGUUUUCUUAUGAACUAAAAGACCUAGAACCAUUUGUUUGGAGACCUCCCUCUCAGACUAAUGAGUUCCUAUCCAUAGAUGGGUUUGAUGUUGAAAAGCUGAUUGAGUUACCAUUCGGAGCUGAAAAAAAUCCUAUCCAGAGUGCCUUGUUGAAUGUCAUGUGGCCCCGUUUCCUUGAAAAUGCUGUCAUAGACUCUGCCUCAUACUCAGACUUUGAUCCUUUGAUGGCUCCAACAUGGACAAUUACUAUCAAGCUCAGAGAAAACAUAAACUGCCUCCUGUCUGACUUGGUAGGAAAGAUGCUAGAUCUGCUGGAUGACAAUCAUCUAUUGAUGGACACACUGGGCCUAAGUAGAAGCCUGGGCAUACUGAACCCUCUGCACAAGAUCACUGAAGCCCCUAUAACAAUUUCUAAGCUGGUGAGAGCUGCCAUGGGUUCCACUUCAGUGUCGGAGUUCAAAGGACCAAUACCUGAUGAUCUGUUAAUGUCUCUCUUGUACUACAUUUUCCCUGAUGCUGUUGAUGAUGACUCCCACAAGUAUCCAGAGGACUUGCAAGUGGAAAUGAAACAGAGUGACCAGGAGCCCAAACUCUGCAGCGCCGUCAAGUGGAGCCCGGCGGGGGGGCUGGUGCGGCGCGUGUCGCUGGUGGCAGCGCGGCUACUGGAGGCCGGCGGGCUGCCCUACCUGGCGCACCUGUGGUACGAGUUCACCCAGGAGCUGCAGUACCGCUGGGAGCGGAGGAUACGAGUGCCCGGCGUGGCGGCGGGCCCGCCCGGCGCGCGCUCCUGCCUGCUGCAUCAGAAGCUGCAGCUGCUGAACUGCUGCAUCGAGCGCGCGGGGGUAGAAGCGGGCGCGGGGGGCAGGGAGGGGGCCGGGGGGGACUCCGACGACGAGUUCUACGACUGCUCGGAGGAAGAGGGCGAGGACGAGGCCUGCGAGCGCCCCGCCGCCGCCGGCCGCCAGGAGCGGCUCGACGAUGCCGUCAUGAAGAACGGCGCGCCUCUCUACAUUCCCAAAACACAGGAGCCGCCGCCGCGCACGGAGGACCAGGUGGCGGAGGACGCGGCGCUGCUGGAGGCGCAGGGCGGCGGCGCGCGCGGCUCCGCGCUGCGGGCGCGCCUGCUGUCCGCCUCGCUGCUGUCCGACAUGGAGGCCUUCAAGGCGGCCAACCCCGGCGCCGAGCUGUGCGACUUCUGCCGCUGGUACUCGCCGCGCGACUGGCGGCCCGAGGGCGGCGGCGCGCUGGGCGAGCGCAUGCUGCUGCCCGGCAACCCCUGGAGCGAGGCCUGGGCCGUGGCGCGCCCCGUGCCCGCCGCGCGCCAGCGCCGCCUGUUCGACGAGCAGCGCGAGGCGCAGCAGCUGCUGCAGUGGCUGCGCGCGCGCACCGUGGCGGGCGUGGCAGAGCUACUGCUACCAGGCGUUCUGCGUGCGGGUGCAGCGCGGGCGACGGCAGCGGGUGCCACGGGGGGCGCGGGGGCGGCGGGCAGUCAUGCGCGGCGCGUGCUGGUGGCGGCGGCGCGCGAGCUGGCCGAGGCGGAGAAAGCGGCGGCGCGGGCGGGGACGGCGCGCGCGGUGCUGGGCGGCGCGGCGGAGGGCUGCCCGCUGGAGGCGGCGGCGCGCGCGCGGCUGCUGGCGGCGGCGGGCGGCGCGUUGCCCCCCCCUGCGCGGCGCGAGUUCUCCCUGCGCGUGCGCGGCGCGGGGGGCGCGGGGGGCGGUGCGGGGGGCGCGGGGGCCCCGCACGUGCUGCGCGCGGCUCUGCGGCAGGACCUGCUGCUGGCCGGCUGCUUCACGGAGGCGGCGGUGCUGCUGUAGCUCUCUCUGGUCUUCCACAUUGUGUGCUCAUCGUCGGCGGAACUCUUCGCUGACAGUGCAAUAAUUGUUAAGUUUGUUACAUUCGUGAAGUUUAUUAGAUAGGUAGGCUUAAUUUUUUACACGGUUUUCAUGGUGCAGAUCAGAUCUUAUGAUGUUGCUAGAUUGUACAAUACAAAUACACACAAUAAUUUUAUGUUGAGAACCUAUGAAUUUUAACCACUAAUGUACUAUUAUUACGUCAAUUCGCUGCCACUGCUAGAUUCUUAUUAGGUACGUUUAUUUAGAUAAUGCACUGCUAUCUCAGGUUACCUCCUAAACAUAACUUACCAUAAGUCAUACAUAAAACAUAAUACCUAAAUAAAUGACUAAUAACUAGUAUUGUUUAUCGAAGCCAAUAAGAUAAGAACACCACGCAAUAACCGAAUGAUUUUAUACCAUUUAAAAAAAGAGACUUGCAAAUGAUUUUAUAGCGUCAAACGAAGUCAUUUCUGACACAAAGAGUCGAAACUCGUGUGUUGCUAUCCAAUGUAUUUAUUAUUAUUACAGGGUGCUCUAAAAGUGGUAUAGUAAACCGUAAGUGGGGAUAAAAAAUAUAUUUUCAGAGUUGAGUCACCUUGUUUCAGUUACAAUACCCUUUUUUAACACCCAUAAAUUAUUCCACGAGCAUUUACUAUCGUGUACUCUAUCUAAUACUAACCUUUUUCAUUGUUUAAUCGCGCUAGAAUGUUUGUCAAUUUCCUCGAUUCUAAAUUAAUGUAACAUUAAAAAGUUUGCCUUAUAUAAGUGUACCUAUUAGAAAUAUCAUUAAAAUAAUAUACUGAUGAAUUCGCUCAAAAAUAA